CCUUCUCUGCUUUCCUUAGCCCGUGCCCCACCAUCUUUCAAUGGAUGGAGGUUUACCCCAGAUCGAGGGAUCGAAUGGAACGAAAACUCCUGUAGCCGUGUAACUCACCCACAACCACUUUCCCUCCUCAGUCACCGGGGCGGGCUGGCGGUUCACUGCCGCCCCAAAUCUCGUCGGAAGCAGCGCUAUCGGUCGCGUCCAUUAGGUGCUCGCGUUCUUUUCCCCUCUUCUGUUCUUCUCGUUCAGAAGAUUGUUUUCUUCUCUCUGGUCAUUCCUAUUUUUGGCCCUUCACCGGUGAGUUUUCUUCAUAAAGUUCUAUUUUCUUUUGCCUUCUGCAGCAUACGAAUAUAUUUAGAAGAACGAGAUCAUAUAAAUGUGAGACCUGGCUUGCGUACUUAUUUCUACUGCCAAGCUUCACUUAUCGUGUUGGGCUUUUGGAUGGGCCGCUGGAUAUGUUGCAAAAGCAACAAAUGAAGAAAUCAGUCCUUCCUGUGAAAUCUAUAAAGGGUUCGGGGAGCCAAAAUCUCAGAAAGGAAGACUUAGAAAACCUUCUAAGCUACCAUUUUGGUUACUCUGGAUUCAGGGGAAAGCAGUUGGAGGCCAUAGAUGCAGUAUUAUCAGGAAAGGACUGUUUCUGCCUCAUGCCAACUGGAGGUGGAAAAUCUCUGUGUUAUCAGAUUCCAGCUGUAGCAAAAUCUGGCAUUGUGCUUGUGAUCUGUCCACUGAUUGCACUCAUGGAAAAUCAGGUUGAAUUUUUGAGGAAGAAAGGUAUUUCUGCUGAAUUUCUUUCUUCAACACUAGCUGCAGAUGCCAAACAGAAGAUUCAUGAGGACCUGAAUUCUGGAAAGCCAUCUGUCAGAUUGUUGUAUGUGACUCCAGAGUUGGUUGCAACAGUUGGAUUCAUGACCAAGCUUAAAAAGCUUUAUGAAAGAGGCCUAUUGAGUCUUGUAGCAGUUGAUGAGGCUCAUUGCAUUUCAUCAUGGGGCCAUGAUUUCAGGCCUAGCUAUCGCAAGCUAUCUUCACUAAGGAUACACCUUCCAGAAGUCCCAAUUCUGGCUUUAACUGCCACAGCUGCUUCACAAGUUGAGAAGGAUGUGAUAGAAUCAUUAUGCCUUCGACAACCAUUAGUUCUAAGGGCUUCAUUUAAUCGACCUAAUAUUUUCUAUGAAGUUCGAUAUAAAGACCUCCUGGAUGAUUCCUAUGCUGAUCUCUCUAAUUUAUUGAAGUCUAAUCGAAAUGCUUGCUCAAUUAUUUAUUGUCUUGAGCGUGCCUCCUGCGAUGACUUAUCAAGUUACCUGUCAAAGAAUGGCAUUUCGUCAGCAGUUUACCAUGCUGGCUUGAGUAGCAAAUUGCGUACUAGUGUAUUGGGUGACUGGUUAUCUUCCAAAGUUCAGGUCGUUGUUGCAACAGUUGCUUUUGGGAUGGGUAUUGAUAGAAAGGAUGUCCGCAUUGUUUGUCACUUCAAUAUUCCAAAAUCAAUGGAAUCGUUUUACCAGGAGUCUGGAAGAGCUGGCCGUGAUCGGUUGUCUUCCAGGAGUAUAUUGUACUAUGGACUGGAUGAUCGCAAAAAAAUGGAAUUCAUUCUACGAACUGCCACUAUGAAAAAGAGAGAAUCUUCAUCUCCUUCAAGUGGCUUGCCAGAGAAGUCUUUAGCUGCAUUUACUCAGAUGGUGGAAUACUGUGAAGGUUCUGGUUGCCGUAGGGGAAAGAUUCUUCAAAGUUUUGGCGAACAGGUGUCAACAUCUUUAUGUCAGAAAUCAUGUGAUUCUUGCAAACAACCAAGCAUAGUUGCACAACACCUAAAGGAUCUUGAGGGAAAAACUUAUUCACAGAAGGCCAAGAUCUUUCCCAUCUUGACCAAAAGCUCAACCUACAUUUCUUUAGAAGGUCAACAUACCGAAUUUUGGAAUCGGGAAGAUGACGACAGUUUCUUUGAGGAAGAAAUAUCAGAUUCUGGAGAUGAGGCAGAUAUUUCAACCAAUAUAGUUAUGUCUAGGAUGUCAACUGAUGCAACGCUAGACAAAAAGUUUGAGAUUUUACAGCAUGCAGAAGAGGCUUAUUUUCAGAAUAUAGGCCAAAGAAAGCAGGAUAAUUCUGACAAGAAGACCAUUUCUGACACAUUGAGAAAUCAGGUCAAAAUGAGAUUUUUGAAUGCUCUGAAUCAGGCUAAGGAACGGCUUAGGAGAUUGUUGUUAGACUUUGAGGCAUGUGCUGACUUUCUUGAAAUGGAAUGCUUUAAGAAGUAUGGAAAGGUUGGGAAAACAUUCUACAAUUCGCAAGUUGCUGCCACAAUCAGGUGGCUAUCACAUUCGAGCAUGGAGCAGAUACAAGACAAAUUUAGAGACAUAUCUGCUCAGACUUGUUCCAGCAGUGGACGAGACAAAUUCUCACUUGAUGGGGACUCACAUUUAAUUCAAGAAGCAACUACGGGGAAAGCUACAGAUGAUCAGGUUCAGGAUAAUGCAUUUGUAGAUUUCCCUGAACUGGUAGAGAUGGAGGGUCCUGGAGAAAGGAUAGAUCUUCCUCCGAUUCCGGAGAUGAAGGGUCCUGGAGAAAGGAUAGAUCUUCCUCCGAUCCCAUCCUUCUCGGAAUUUGUCAGAAAAAAGGGGAAGGAGCAUUCUUCAGGCUCAGCAAUCGUAAGAACUUCAGAUGCUGGGAAACAUGCAAGUAAGAACAAAGAGAAGAGAAUAAGAUUGCAGUAAACAUUUUGUUCACCUGAAUUUGUUUAAAAUGGGUACUUCCAUCCAACUGGUUCUCAUUCUUGAGAGAUUUUGUAGAUGUCGAUAUGCUAGAAUUAGGCAUGCUUUCAAGAAUGAGUUUCUAACAAAUCUACUAUUUAAUGUUUUCUGGGAUUUA